CAUGGGUCACGUAGAUUGGAAAUUUACCAAAACAAGAAUGGAGAAUGACGUUUGUGGCACCCUCUUGUAACCUCACACCAUGUUUAGGCAGUUGGACUCGAGUGUUGCUUUGUUCCCCCAACUUCCUCACCCAUCACGCACCUAAAAGGACACAAAACUGUCAACAAGCCCACCCACCAUUCUCCACUCUCUCCCUCCUUCCCUCCCUCCCUCCCUCCAUUCGUCUCCUUCGAUGCACGACAAGCAAAGCAACCAUUUUUAGCCAUCUUGCCGGACGCGACUUUCGCGUUGAAUUCCCCGUUCUGCCCCUCCGGUACACGCACCCUCCUCAAAUAACACCCAGCUCUGUUUUGAUGCUCUCCUCCCCCAAUUUGGCUCCUUCUCGUUUUCCCCAAAUCCCUUGUCCUUCCCCACCCCCAUUCGCUUAGAUUCAAUUCUGGCGAUUGUGCCAUCCUAGGGGUUCCGUCUCUCCUUCUCAGUGGGAAAGAUUGGAUUUUUAUUGGGCUUUUCCAUCAACAAGGAGUCUGCAUCUCUCUGAAUACAGGACAAGGUCAACUUAUUGUUGGUUGGGGUGGUGUGGGUUAGAGCCUGCAUUAGUGGAUAUAUAAAAACUGGAGUCAUCGCUAUGCUGUGUUUGAAUCGUGAUGGUUUCAAUAUUGCGAGCUUUUUCUUUCAUUUGGCUGAGUGGCAUCCACUUGAAUAGCAGAGCUGACUUGGGCCUGAAGCCCUCUCCCCUCCCUCUGUAAAAUCAGGUUUUGGAAAAAAAAUUUGGUUUUGGUUGGGAGCUAUAGUAACUACUUCACACAUCAAGUUUCUAAUGAUCCAUAAGAGUGUCUGUAUUGCUAGAAUGAUGGGAUGCUGCAGUUGCUUUGGUUUCUCCAUUGCUAGAAAGCCCAAACCGAAAAGGAAGCCUAGUUAUAGCUAUAGUAAUCACCCUUCACAGGAGCAUUUGUUGGAUGAUGAUUUAGAAGAUGAUGAUGAUUGUUCAUAUAAUGAUGAUGCUACAAGUAUGGGCAAUGCCGAAGAAAGUGCGCAGCAAAGUCGUGCCAAACGUCCUGAUGAGAUACUAAGUUUCAGAGAACAGAAUGGAAUGAUUUGCAGGCAGUACCCUGUGAAGGAAACCCACAAAGUUGUUCGCACAGAGGAUGAUGAUGGGAAUAAGAUGGUCAAUGAGUACGUUCGGGAGUGUAAGAUUGGUUCUGGCAGUUAUGGGAAAGUGGUUUUGUAUCGAAGCCUUGUAGAUGGAAAGCAUUAUGCACUAAAGGCGUUUCAUAAAUCUCAUUUAUUAAAACUCCGGGUUGCACCUUCGGAGACAGCUAUGACAGAUGUUCUUCGUGAGGUUCUUAUUAUGAAAAUGUUGGAACAUCCUAACAUAGUUAAUCUCAUUGAGGUGAUUGACGACCCAGACACAGACCAUUUCUACAUGGUUCUUGAAUAUGUGGAAGGCAAAUGGGUCUGUGAGGGUUCUGGUCCACCAGGGGGCCUAGGAGAAUCUACUGCAAGAAAGUACCUGCGGGACAUAGUUCGAGGGCUAAUGUAUCUCCAUGAUCAUAACAUAGUACAUGGUGAUAUCAAACCUGAUAAUCUGCUGGUUAGUAGUAAUGGUACGGUGAAGAUUGGGGAUUUUAGCGUCAGCCAAGUUUUUGAGGAUGAUAAUGACGAGCUGCGCCGAUCUCCAGGGACUCCUGUUUUCACUGCACCUGAAUGUUGUUUAGGCCUAACCUAUCAUGGUAAAGCUGCUGACACAUGGGCAGUGGGGGUUACUUUGUACUGUAUGGUAUUGGGACAAUACCCAUUCCUUGGAGAUACUCUGCAGGAUACAUAUGACAAGAUUGUUAAUAACCCUUUAGUACUUCCAGAGAAUAUGACCCCACAGUUGAAGAAUUUACUCGAAGGGCUUCUGUGCAAAGACCCUGCAAUGAGGAUGACUUUGGAGGAAGUUGCAGAUCAUAGUUGGGUUGUUGGAAAUGAUGGGAGAAUGCCUCAUUAUUUAUGCUGGUGCAAGCGGCGUCGCAAGAGUCUGAGUAUUAGAGAGGAAUCUAAUGGGACAAAAGAUGACUGUAGCAUAACCCAUACUGACUAGACUUUUUAGGGAGUUGAUUUAUGUAUAGCAAAAAAGUUAGGUUUUGUUGUUUGGUCUUUUCCUUCUCUUUGGACUUGCAAUCUUAUCUGCAGUGGUUAAUCAUGGCAAAAACUAGUCUUAGAUCCUCUUUAAGUUUGCAGCCUACCUUGGCCGGAGAAGGAGGUUGAGGUUCUGGCUUUCCAAUUUUGGUUUUAGAGUUGCCAAAAUUGUUUAUUUAUUUGUUUGCUUUUGGAAUUCUCGUUUGAUUUGAUGAAAAAAUGUGUUCAACUUGCUUAUCAUCCGGCGUCUGACACAUGGAAUAUGGCUUUUUGAAUUAUUGACAGAACCUUCUAUUU